CAAGGGAAUCACUUGAAGCUAAAGGAGUUUAUUUUGUUGAUUAUAAUGUUUCUUUCUUAAACCACUGAUUAAAUUCUACAGGGAUGGUGCAAUGAAAAGGUUAUUCAUAUGCCUAAUGGUGAAGGGGGUCGUGUUAUUUUGGUGUCAAAUUCUGAUCCUGUUGCUGGGAGAAAUAAGGUCCAGGACGUUGUAAACAUGAUAGAGAUCGAGCUUGGGGAAGGAUGGAUUUUUCGUAAGUUCUGUAAGAUAUAUCUGUUUGUCUCCUCACAGAUGGUUGUUGGCUGUCUAGUUGCCGAACCCAUAAAGGAAGCAUUCAGAAUCUUGUCAUGCUUUGUCAGUGAAAGAUGCAAUGGAGCUGAAGCAAAGAAAAGAAGAUCAAGCUCAACCGCACUCCAGUUUGGAAACAUAAUCUUGCAAAGGGAAGUUGUCAAAAGAGCUCCUGAUAAUUGCUCACAAUUGCCUGAUGGUAACCACCAUGGAGCAAUUAUAUGUGGGGAAGAUGCUGUACCUGCUGCUUGCGGUGUUAGAGCAAUCUGGGUCACUCCCAGCAACAGAAGAAGAGGCAUUGCCACCCAAUUGCUUGAUGCCAUGAGGAAGAGUUUCUGUACGACCUUUGUUGUUAGCAAAUCUCAGCUGCCAUUCUCACAGCCAACCUCGGCUGGAAAGGCAUUGGCGUUCAACAUACAGACACCAAAUCAUUCUUGGUGUAUAAAGCCAGCACUUGAGUUUUAGCAGAUUCACACUUCUGGGAAGAAAACAAGAUGAUUAUAUAUACCAAAAAUGCAUUAGGCAGUCAAUUCUGUUAAUGAAUGAUUGUUUGUUUC